AUGAAUCUGUGACACAUACAGACAACAUUGCACUCUAAAAAAGAGAGCUGGAAACCCGGAGAAAAGCUUCUCGGUUUAGUCUGAGAAUUUUUGUACCGUAAGGCUGCUACUUUAACAAGGGAUUCUUUCAGCUGUGGAGAAAAGUGUGAGAAUCUCUUGCAAACAAAGAGCUAUAGAGUGAACGAGCAAAGCAAUGAAGGGUAUGACAUAUGAAAGGUCCAUGUGAAAGGUAAACAAGAUGGUUCCAGCCCUGACUUGGACUUCUACUUAAAGGUCUGGGCAUCGUGACACACCACAGUCGGAUCCAGCUGCUGCCGGUGAUCUUAGGCAGACAAACUCAUUAGGUGACCAUGUUUCGUCUGUAUUUCUCACUCUUCCUGUGUGUGGUUUGGCUCGGACUGCUCUGUCUCACAGGGGCAGAGGAAAACCAAGCUGAAUCAAGGGGAAAAAGGAAUGUGCCUAACUGGGCAAUGACAUCUUCAGACUUUUUCGGCUGGAUUGAAGAGCUGCGUUCUCAUGCUGGUUAUGACAAGAUCGAGGAAUUGGCCAGAACUUUCUGGGCUCACUUCCCUUCUGCCAGCCGCCUGGGUUACGACCCUCCCGCUCCAGAAGAAUAACUCCAUCUGAGUCUGAGUCUGUGUUAUUGAGACUAUUUGCCCCUUUUAUUAUGGCACGGCUCUUGGAAAAAGAGACAAACACACUUUAUUAUUCAGCUAGACUUGAUUUGAGCCAGGGCAAGAUACCCUGAGAAAGAGGGUUUUUUUUUUCUUCUUCUUCUUUUUUUGGUUAAAUGUUACAUAAAACCUGUUUUGUAAUAGCAUCCAAAUCAAGUAAAAGUGUUUUGUUCACAAAGUGUUUUUUAUUGCUUGGAAAAAAUAGAUACUUGUCCUGGUUCUUGUGCUCCUAUUAUGCUAUUUUAAAUCCUGAAACAACUAGUACAAGUAAUGGUCCAAAAGGGUUGUCCCUAGUCUCUUAAUGAGUCAUGGGUUUUGGGCGUAACAUGCAAUAAACCAAUCAGUCUAAUCUCUCAUUCCCUUUAAAAGCCAAAAUGGCGGAUUGCUAUUUACAUGGCAGAAUAUAGACACCCUCAACCUGAUGAGUCAGUUUAAAUACAUGUGUGUGUUGCCACAACUGGUCAAAUAAUUAGCCAAUUUCAUUCAUCAUUACUGCAAAUAGGUAAUUCUGAUACAUGCAAUGGCUAUCCAUUAUAACAUGCAGAUGUGUUUGUGUGCUGCUGCGCGUCCCUGUGUGUGUAACAAGCAGAGUGUAUGUGCGUUGUGUACUCGCAUAUAGGUGCAUAUUACUAACACUCUCUUUAAAUAACCAAAAAAUACUGCGUCACUGACUUCAGACCAGGUUUUUGUUGGUCAAUGGCACAGUCGUUUUCAGUUCCUCAAAAUAGCAACACGCCAACAAUGCGCCUGAGCACA